AUUAACUAAAAACGAGUGUAAUUAAACAUCAGAACUGGUAUUUGUUUAUCGACACAGUAACACAAUCAGUUCUUGAGUAGAGUCGGAGUCUUAAAAGCCGCUUUCUACCUCCAAGCGGUUACCGAAUGCGUAACAAGUGAUUGGGACAUUCAGUUACUUCUUGUACGUCGAAGCGAGUGUCCACAUUAUAAACAAGAAUAAGAAGUGAAAGACUCAGAACCGCGCGAAACGUAACUGUCAAUACUCGGUGGGAAAUUGUUUUUUUUUAUCUAUAAAAUAAUGACAUCGGAGUGAAUGAGUGCCAUUGGAUUUUUGGAUCAAAUAUAUAAUAUGCUGCAACCAAGGAACUCUGUGUUGUUUUUGAUUCUAUUUAUUUUAGUGGAUUGUUUCAAAGGUCAGCAAUACAAUAUAAAUCACACCCCUAGGAUUAAACAAAAUGAUCAAGAUGUAACCACAGUUCUACUGGUGGACAGUCGCGGAAGGUCACCUACUGGCAAAUUCCUAAAUAUAAAACCCGAUCUUGGAUUGAUCGCUUCGACAGCCCGUACGUUUAUACAAGAAGGUGUUACUACUGAGUACGCCACACAAAUUUUAGGUACUACUCUAGACAAUGGACGUUUAUACGCUCAUCUACUUACUAAAAGCUCCAGAGUACUUUACGAUGAUUCCCCAACUAAAACACAUGAUCAAAUCCAUAGUAAAUGGACAAUAAAUGAAAAUUUCAUCAACGUAAGACCAUCUCUUGAAAAUAUCAACAAUAUUAUUCCCAGUAAUUCUAAGGAUUUUCUACUAUACACGACUCGAUUAUCAAACGACAGUGAUGGCGAAACAAAUUCAUUAUUAGAAGUAAAAAGUGUAGAAGAGGAAAUUUUAAAAGAAUCUCCUUCUAAUAAUUACAGAGUUCCUUUCGUUGAUUUGAAAAAAAAUACAUUCCAAUCAAACGUAAAAGUUUUCAAAAUAAGUCCUGAAGUUACAGAUGUUAACCACGAAAAUAUAAUUAUCGAUGAAGAACUAAAUGACGAACAAAGAAAAAGAAACAGCUUCUCACCUUCUAAGAUAAAAGAGUGGGAAAAUUUACCAACUUUUACUGUGAGAAAUGAAUUUUCACCAUCGGGACUAUCGUUUCUCGGAGAUUUACCUGAUUUCGAAGAACGAACUGAACGUUCAAAGCUUACAACACCAGCUGAUCGUAGAGCUAAACUCUUAUUCAAAGCUCAUUUAACAAAACCUAAUGCAAAAGAUUUAACAUCGAUAACUUAUACCGGAUUUGCUGAUUUUACUACUACUGUCGGAGACACAGUUAUCGUAUUCUCUCCACAUACUACAGAAAAAGUAGAAAAAUCCAUGAAAACAACUAAUUUACAAAACCCUACCAUAAGUUCGAUGAUUCAACAAACUACUACUUUACUUGAACCACCUCUAGCAACCAAAGUUACCACUUUUUUAUCGCAAGAACCUCCUAUGGAAACUAAAACUUUCAAAGCUAGCGAUUUGGAAAUGAAAACCGCAAUUCCCACGAUGGUUAUUGACAAAACUGAUAGACUUAGGGAUCCAAAGAAACAAACCAUAGAGGAACAUAUUGAUAUUGAUGCUAAAUCAGCUGUUUUGGCACACGAACAAGGCCAAGACACAACUCAAUUACAUUCAUUAGACGUAAUUCAACCAUCAGAAACACAAAUACCAAUGCUAUCGACACCUUCGGAAGAAGAUAUCGCUAAAAUAUUUGCGUCCCUUCAAGCUCUUCAAAAACAAUCAACUCAAGGUUUAGAAACAGUAGCUUCUUCAAUUAUAGAAACUAGCAUAGAAGAAAGUAGAGUACAACCUACCGGAGGUGCUACUACGAUUUUCUUUGAUGAUGAAAUUCCUACAGAAAGUAAUUCUGUGAGUGAUACAUACUCAUCAAUUCGCAAAGAAGAAGCAACUAUAACAACAGAAUCAGCUAAUAUGGAUGAUGAAGAAUCGAAUGAGGAAUCUUUAGAAACUACAGAAAAUAUUAAUAUUGAUGCAGAAAAUGAAGCGAUAAUAAUCGAAAAUAAAGUGGAUGCAACAUGUAGUGAUAGUAGUAAAAUCGUAGCAACCACCACGUUCAAAACGUUAACUUACUUAACAACAUUCUUUAUCCCAGACGGUGAAGGUACUACUUCAAUUUCUGUAAAAGCAAAUGAAGUUACAUCUACAGAAAUUGGUUUUACAACUGAGCCUUGUAUAGGAAUUGUACCAUCUUCAACUACAUCUCUUUCAAUCGAAUCAAGUAUCACGGAAGAAAUUCCUACUACUACUGAAGAAGUAUCAACUAUCGAAGAACAAGUAACUACUGAAGAACAAGCAACUACCGAAGAUGAAAUGGAAUCAAGUACGGAACAAGAAAUAACAACAAUAAAACAAAUAGAAAGCACAACAGCUGAAAUAACAACUGAAGAGCACCACGUGACAGAUGCAGUUACUGAAGCAGUUGAAACAACAACGGAAGAAGAUGGUGACGAAUUAGAAAUAAUUUAUAAAACUUUAUAUACAACUUAUACUUAUUUAACAACAUAUUUUCAAGAAUCUACUUCAUCAAUAUCUAGUAGAACAGUCGUGACAACAAAUGUAGUUACCUCGACAUUAGAUCCUAAAGAGGGACUCGUAGGACUAGAAAAUGAGCAGAAUUCCGGUAUAAAACAAAACACUAUAUCCUUCGAAGAUUUAGCUGAUAUCACACCAUCCAAAACUACAUUAGUUGAAUCGACCGAUUCUCCAACAAUACAUGUAUCAAACUUGAACGGAGCAACUCCACUUUUAGAUGAUAAAGAAAUCAAUUUAGAAGCUAUUAAAACGUAUUAUACGACUUAUACAUAUUUCACAACAAUUUUCGUCGACGGUGAAACAGAAAUAUCUAGUAGAACAGAAGUUUAUACCAAUUAUAUAACUCCAUCUGUUCUAGCAACCGUUCCGUUGAACACCAGAUUAACAAAUCCAAUAGAGAACGAUAAUGAUGAUGAUGACGACGAUUUACAAGAAGAAGAAGAUGAUGAUGAUUAUAUUAACAAGAAAAAAAAAUUGGUAACAUCAAAUAUAAAACCUCAAAAUAUAUACAAUACUAUAGAUAGAAAAAAAACGACGAUUGCUGUUGAAGACGUUACCACAACUGAAGAUAAUCAAUUAGACAACGUAUUAGAUCUAAGUGAUUAUGAAACUAUAUCAACUAUGGUGACGGACGUUAGAAGUACUACAUCUGAAGGUGAAAGAAAAAUUAUAGAUAACUUGGAUAAACGCAAUGUGUUGCUAGAUGAUCAAAUUGUUUCGGAAUCGAAUAACGAUUCGGAAAUCAUACCAUCACCUACGCUAUUACUACAAACCAGUUACACAACUUUCACAUAUUUCACUACUAUGUAUCACGGUACUACUUCUAGUAACGUUGUUAGUAGAUUAGAAACUGUAACUAACGUAGUUACUCAAACGUUAGAACCAACUCCAAUUUUAUCUACCGAAGAUCCCAACUCCCCUAUUACUUAUUUCACCACGUUCACCUAUUGGACGACUUUGUAUAAAGAUGGUACCACAAAAAUAACUAGUAGAGAAGAGACUGUUACCAAUGUAGAAACUCCAACAAUUAAAGCUACUAGUACUAUACCAGUUAUUAUUACUACAGACGUUAUUGAUUCUAAAAGUAUAAUUACCGAAUCGGAUAGUAGUAGCUUACCUAGUACGAUUGGAGAGGAUGCUCUUACAACUUAUUAUACUACGUAUACUUAUUAUACUACGUCAUAUAUUGGUGAUAGUACUAUAUUAAAUAGUCGAUUAGAAACAGUAACGAAUAUUAUAAAUAAUACAGAUAUCGAUACAAACUAUAUCGGUAAAGCAAUAGGUUUAUAUGAUAAAAAUAAGAUAGUUAGUGAAGAUAAACCAAUUGAAGAUCAAAGUACUACUAGUACUUAUAUUAAACCAACAGGAUUAUUAUCAACAAUUUUGAAUACAAUAGAAAAUGAUGGUACUACCACUAUAUUAUCCACAGAUGUUUAUGGUACUUACAUAGAUGGCCUUUACGCGAAAGUACUUGAAAGUACAUCUAGUAUACUAACAAAAGAAAUAAAAUCUUCACCGAUUGAAGAUACAUUGAAACCUACAGGUAUCGUUAGUAUUAAUCAAGGUAAAAUAGUAGACGCCGAAGGCAUUAGUACUCUAUUUUAUACAACCCAAGCAAUUGGAACAUACAUCGAUAAUUUAUACGCUCAAGUUAUAGAAAGUACUAGUUCUUUAACUGUAAACGAAGCUAAAAAAUCUGCUUUACCAAAUGAUUUUCCUCUUAUCCAUAAAACUGGAUUAGUUAGAUCUAUAGAAGGUUCUAUAAUUCAAAAUGAUACAACAACUUUUUAUGAAUCUAAAGUACUAGGUACUAAUAUAGAUGGUAGAUAUGCCCAAAUAAUUGAAAGUACCUCAAGUUUCUUAAUAGGAAAACCGUCUAAUAUCCAAACAAGUACUAUAGAUGGAAUACAACCAAGUUCAACACAAGCUCCCGAUAAUACGAUUAGUCCUACUGCAAUCGUAACACCUUCUUCAGUAUCAAUAGAAGGAUCUAUUAACGAAUCAGCUAAAGUAGAUGAAGAAAUAACAACGGAAGAAAACGAUGAGGUCGAAGAUGAUCAUAAAGGAAAAGGAUCAUCUCGAUUAACUUUUCAAACUAAAAAACGAACGUUCACACCGGCUAUUAGACCUUUUGCACCAAGACCACGACCAUCUUUCGCGCCGAAACGAAAACAAUCAGGACAAACUACCGCAGCUACUAUAACAAGAAGUGAUUUUACCCCAACCGUUACGGCUGUACCAGCUUCGAAACUAAAUCGAUUUGGAGGUAGAAGAUCUUCUACUGGUACUAAUGCUAUAAAUCCAACGGUAUCUAGUAGUAGAAAAUUCUCUAGAUCAAAAACAUCGAGUUCACCAUCUUUCGGUGGUAGAAGAAGUAGUUCAUCUAGAAUACAACCUACUAGUACGUUUGGUUUUAGUUCUAGAAGAUCUAGUUCGAGAUCUUCUAGCGGCGGAUCUAAUCGUUCUAGUUCUUUGUUUGGAACUAGACCUAGAAUUAGACCUACUUUAACGUCUGGAUUGAAUAGAUCACCGAGCUCGAAUGUUAUAUCUUCUACAGAUGAUGAGAAUAAUAUCACAAUUUCUAUAACUGAAAAUCCAGAAGAGACGGUUGAGACGGGGGAAACAACUUUAGAAGCACAAACUACUACUGAAAUAACAUCGCGACGAGGUCAAAACCCUCUUUUGAAAUUCAGAAGACCUCCAUUAGGACGAACUACAACCACUAGGAAUUCAAAAGCUAUUAAAAAUGUACCUAAAUCUACGACUUCCACAACUACAACAUCGAAACCGAAAACUACAAGAUCUAAUAGUUUGUUGAAUAGAUCAAGGGCAAAUGGUUUAUUUCCUAGAAGAAAUUUAUUUACCACAACUUCAACUACACCUCCUCCGGAUGAAGAAGAAGAGUUAGUAGAUGAAGAUUUACUCGAAGAAUAUGAUACGGAAGAGGAUACAGAUUACGAGAGUUCAAUAAAAAAUACUCAAAUAGCCGAACCACCUACAACACCUAAAACAACAACCAGUAAUCGUGUACAAAUUAAACCAUUCAAAAAAAGAACUAAACGUGAAACGUACUCCAGGUUUAGGCGACCAAUUAGUAAAACGACAUCCACUGCUGCUCCAAUAGAAAAAGAAGAAACUAGAGGUAAAUAUACGUCUAGAAGUAGAACUAAAACUUCCACAUCCACUACAACUACUACACCUCCCACUACGCCCUCUACAAGAAAAAGGAUAUCUCCAAGUAAAGCUCAAAGUAGAACUCAAUUUACCUUGAGAGGUGAAAGCGAGAAGAGGUCCAAUUUUAAAAGACCCACUUCUAGUAAUAGAGUUAACAGACUUACUACCACCAGACCAAGUAAUAAAAGAUAUAGAAAUAAUUAUCAAACGGAAGCAACCAGAAAAAAUAACAAUAGUAAUCGACAAACGACUAGAACCACGAGUAGGAGUAGAACAAAUAAUCAACGACAACGAUAUCCCAACGACGUAGAAAUAGAUACUUACGUUCAACCAAAAAACGACGGUACUAUUACCGUGACCCGCCACGUACCAACCGAAGUUACUAUACCCGUAGUUAAUGGAAAAAUAACCGAAUACAAAAACGUAGUUACCGCUAAAGUUAGCACAGAUAUUUUAGGACCAUCUCAAUACACUACAUCAGUAAACGCUCUCGGUAAAGAUGUAACGAUAUUGUUGAGCGAAAAUACAGACAUCAGCUCCAAUGGAGCUACUCUAAUCACCCAGUACGUCUUAAAAGAAACUCCUACAACAAGUAUUAUUUUCACCCCGACUUAUAUAAAUAGACGUAAAACCUCUUUUAGACACGUCAUACCUAGUACAAUUUAUGAAGUUGAGCAAGUUGUUAAUACGAUACAACCAGCUCUAGCAGCUCAAGCACCUUUAGCUAAUAUUUUAUUAUCACAGUUAUUAUUGGGAGGUUUACAACCACAACCUAAUGCUCUACUAGGUUUCCAACAACCAUUAACUCCAACCACCGAAAUUAAAACUAGAACAACCACAUAUGUAACUACAGUAACUAGUGAAAUAUCAACAGUUAUACCAUUAACUUUUAGAGGUAAAGAAAUAUUCACAACUUUAAUAGAUAGUAGUGUAAGCGUAGUAACAGCUACGGAAUUUUUAACUGAUACGAUUGUAGUAACUCCUAGUUUUGGAUAUCCUCAACAACAAUUGAAUACCGCUUUAUUACUACCGUUGUUACAACAACAGUUACAGCAACAGCAACAGCUACAAAAUAACCUACAUCCAGUACAACCCACUACUAAUUUUUUAAACGUAAACGAUCAACCAACUAGUGAUACAUUUCAAGAAGAAGAAAAAUUAAAUCUAGCUGAUGACGAAUUUAGUGAUAUUAAAAAACCUUUAAUAGUUGAUGAUAUCGAGUCUAAUUCGAAAAGUAAAACUAGUAGGAAAGGUAAAAAACACAAACCAAGUCGUAAUAUACCAUUAAAGGAAUCGAGUGUUAUAACUCUUUACGUAUCCGGAAGAACCCCUGGGGAAUUUACCACUAUACUUUCAACCGUGCCCGUUACGGAAGAAAAAAAUAGAAAAAGAAGAGAAUUAAGAACAUUAGUAGCCUCACCAUCACAAAUAAUAAAACAAUCAAACAUCGAAGAUAAAUUUGAUAAUUUCCUUAUGGCUGGUGUUAAAGAUAUAGAAUUGGAAACAUCAGAAAUAACACGCGAAACUCAAAGUUUGGAAAGUAUAGUUGGAGAUGUUUCUACGUAUUUAACAACGUUAAAAUCACCCGAUUCAAGUCAAAGUAGUAAAUAUAUAAAAUCAUCUAGAAAUUCUCAUGAUUUUUUAGUAUAA